GUAUCUGUCAAACUGAGGGCCGCAUUUGUUUUGAAAAGGAGUCCCACGUGAAACCGGCGUGGUAUCGUAGUAAUUCAACGAAUUUACGCAUUUACCGGGCAAAAUGGUAAAAAAGAAGAUAGAUAACCGUAUCCGCGUGAUGAUCGAAAAUGGGGUGAAGCUGGGCCAUCGCACGAUGUUCGUCAUCGUUGGCAACAAAGCUCGCGAUCAGGUGCCCAUUCUGUACGACAUCCUGACCAAGGCAUCGGUUAAGGCACGGCCGCCGGUGCUGUGGUGCUACAAGAAUAAGGAUGAAGCCAUCUCCAACCAUGGUAAAAAGCGAGCGAAGAAGAUCCAGGCCGGCAAGAUCGACAUCAACGAGUCGGAUUUGUUCGACGCGUUUCGUGUAGCUACCACCAUCCAUGGCAGGUACUACAAGGACACGCAUACCAUCCUUGGCAAAACGUACGGUGUGUGUGUAUUGCAAGAUUUCGAAGCCCUCACACCCAACCUUUUGGCACGGACGAUCGAAACGGUGGAAGGCGGUGGCUUGAUCAUUUUGCUGCUCAAAACGAUCUCCUCCCUGAAGCAGCUCUACACCAUGAGCAUGGACGUGCACAAACGCUACCGCACGGAAGCACACCAGAACGUGACGUGUCGCUUCAACGAGCGCCUGAUUCUUUCGCUAGCCGACUGCUCUCGGUGUCUGUUGGUGAACGAUGAUCUAACCGUGCUCCCGCUAUCAUCCCGCACGGCCGAUGUGAAACCGAUCGACGUUGCCGCCAUUGAGCACGAUCAAAGCGAGCAGCUGGCCGAGCUGAAGGAAAGUCUGUCCGAUGCGCCACCGGCGGGACCGUUGGUGAAUCUGUGCCGUACGUACGACCAGGCGAAAGCCGUGGCCCAAUUCAUCGAUGCGCUAGCGGAAAAGCAGCUGAAACCGCCAACGUCGCUGACUGCGGGCCGUGGUCGUGGAAAGUCGGCCGCCAUGGGUCUCGCGAUUGCCGGUUCGAUUGCGUUCGGGUACGUCAAUGUGUACGUAACUUCGCCAUCGCCGGAAAAUUUGAUCACUCUGUUCGAGUUCAUACUGAAAGGGUUCGACGUGCUCGAGUACCAGGAGCACACCGACUACACGAUCAUACGCUCGACGAAUCCGAACUUUAACAAAGCGAUCAUACGCAUCAAUGUGACACGCAACAACCGGCAAACGAUCCAGUACAUUUCCCCGUCGGACGCACAUCUGCUGAAUGCGGCUGAUCUGUUGAUUAUCGACGAAGCGGCCGCCAUCCCGCUACCGAUGGUGAAAGCCAUGCUCGGUUCGUACCUGGUGUUUAUGGCCUCUACUAUCAACGGGUAUGAAGGAACAGGACGAUCGCUUAGCUUGAAGCUGCUAUCGCAACUACAAAAGGAAAACAAUGCGCCACUGCCGAUUACGCUGGAAGAAUCCAUCCGCUACAGUCCCGGUGAUCCCGUCGAAACGUGGCUUACAUCGCUGCUGUGUCUUGAUGCUAAGAUUGUGCAGAAUUUAAAUUCCGGCUGCCCACCGCCGGACGAGUGUCAGCUGUAUUACGUGAACAGAGACGCCCUGUUUUCCUACCACCGAGCGGCCGAAACGUUUCUGCAGCGCAUCGUUUCGAUUUGCGUAUCGUCGCACUACAAAAACAGUCCGAACGAUUUGCAGAUGAUGAGCGAUGCACCGGCCCAUCAUUUGUUCUGCCUUUUGGGUCCGAUUGUGAAGAAAAAUCAGCUGCCCGAAAUACUGGUCGUGAUUCAGGUGUGCCUCGAGGGAGAAAUUUCCUCACAAACGGUGCAGAACUCGCUUGUGCGAGGCAUGAAAGCUUCGGGCGAUUUAAUCCCGUGGAACAUAACGGAACAGUUUGGUGAUCAUGAGUUUCCAAAGCUGUCCGGGGCGCGUAUCGUGCGCAUUGCAACGCAUCCAAACUAUCAGCGGAUGGGCUACGGAAAGCGUGCACUGAACCAGUUGAAACUUUACUACGAAGGAAGAUUUCCGAUCGACACAUCGAACGGUUUCGACGAUGAGCAGGAAAACGACGAUGAUGGCAUCGAAACGAUCGAUGAUGAGGAAGUUGAUUUGCUGAAAGAGGUGAUAGCACCGAGGAAAAAAAUUCCCACACUGCUCAAAUCGCUCUCCGAGCGCAGACCCGAAAUGCUCGACUACCUGGGCACUUCGUUCGGUCUAACGGGCGAGCUGUUGCGCUUUUGGAAGAGCCAAAAGUUUGUGCCCGUGUACCUAAGCCAGAAGGAAAAUGAACUUACCGGAGAGCACUCGUGCAUCAUGCUCUGUCCGAUCAGCUCCAGCGUCGAGCGAGUUGAGACGAACGAAUGGCUGAACCACUACUUUGCCGAUUUCCGUCGGCGCGUUCUGAAAUUGCUCGGCAAGGCAUUCAACAAGUUUCCUACCAGUAUGGCACUUUCUUUGCUGGAAAAUAAGGCGGUUAAGGUGGAGGGCAAAGCCUUAACGCAAACCACCAUCGACGAAAUGUUUCUCCCGCACGACGUACAGCGAUUGGAGAUGUACAUCAACAACCAGGUGGAGUACAAACUGAUCUGGGAUCUGACGACGGAUCUGGCGUCGCUGUACUUUCAAGACAAGAUGGCCGGUUCCCACCUCGAAACGCUUCACAAAGCGAUACUGCUGGGUUGCGGGCUGCAGCACAAGUCCAUCGACGGUAUGAUGGAAGAGUUGAACAUGCCCAGCAAUCAGGUGCUGGCAAAGUUUUACGACUGCAUGAAAAAGCUUACCAACUACAUACUGCGCACGAUGGAGCGCACGAUCGAGGGCGGUAUGACAAAGGCGAGCGAGCUGAACAUGGGACAGCAUUUGGUUCCGUUGCCGCAGAGCCUCAACGAAGAGCUGGCGGAAGAUGUUAGAACGCUGAAAAAGCAGCAGAAGCAGGAGUUGACCAAGCUGAAGAAACUUAACCUUGAGCAGUACGCAAUCAAGGGAACGGACGAAGAAUGGAGCAAAGUGCUAGCGGCCAGCAAAUCGACGAUAGUCUCCAUCAAAAGUGGUGAAAAGCGUCUUAAUGAGUCUGUCGACGAUUCCAACAUGUCGUCCGGUGCGGGUGAUGAUGGUACGCGCCCGCAAAAGAAGAAAGCCAAAUUCGGCAAGAAGCAAAAGGCGCGCAAUAGUAUGGUUUAGGAAAGCUAUAUAAUGCUAAUCUACAGCGUUCGAAACAGCUACAUACUGUAAGGGAAAUAUAUUGCUAGAUUUAAAUUCAAUUUAGUGGGCUUUUAGCUAAACAUGGUGCAGAGAAAGAAAAACGUCAAUGCUUAGCUAGCAUGUUUGUAACAUUUAUUGACAAGGAAAUAAAUAAAGCAAAAAGCA